UUAAGAUUCCAGCAGUGUUGUGAGGCUUUAUUAAUUUUUAUCUUAUGAUAGAAAUUAUAAUGCCAGUUAUAAAUAAAAUUAUAACUAAAGAGAAAGGUUCUAGACCUAUUUUAAUUGAUUUUGAUAAUGGAAAAGUUAAAAAAGAAGGUAUAUUAAAGCUGGAAGCCAGUCACUAUGAAACACCUAUGAAUGAUCAAAUGGUAGCAGUAAGUUCGGAGAGAUUACUGUACACUGGAAUUGUUGAAGAAGAUGAUCUCUACAAUAACUUCAUCUUGGUCCAUAAUAGACAAAAAGAAGAGAUAAAACUGUAUCAAGUUGAUACUGUAACAGUCCGUGCAAGGUUUCCACAGAAAAAUGUGGUAGAAACAUCCCCCAGGAAAGAAAAUGCAGUAUCUGAACUACAUAAACAAUUUGGAUCAAAAAAAGCAAAGAGGGUGACAGAACAGAGGGAAAGGCUUACCAUGAAGAUAGAUGCAAUUAAGGAGCAAUUGGAAAAAACUGUAGCAAGUGUGAAAAUUGAUAACAUAGAGCAGAACAAUGUAUCAGAAAAUGACAGUAUAUAUAGACCAAAAAUUAAUAGAGACGCAUCAACUCCUGAUGGUGUUUACAAUCUAGAGGAUUUAGUAGAAGCAUACAUUUUGGAUACACUAGCAGUAGAAGCCGGAAAUAUUCUACAAGCUGGAAGUGCUGACCAAUUUGGAUUGUGUCCAUUUGCGACCUCUAAUAUUAAUAAAAUAUUGAUCUCGGCAUCACAAGAAGAAGAAAAAAUACGAAGCAUCACCAUAUUUCUGUAUAUACAAUACCUGAUUAAGUUCAUGGUGACUCCGAUGAAAUUGGUUACCAAAAAAUUUGUAGUCUGUGAUAAAUCUGUUGACGUCAACAAUCAUAUACUUAAUUUGUUUUCAGAAAUGGGUUCACACGGCAGGACGAGACCAUUACAUAUGAAAGACAAAGCACUAUGCUAUACAAUGGUUUUGGCAGCAAUCGCGAUGGAUUUCGAAGUAGACGUGGAGCUUUUAUCGAAAGAUAUGAAAAUCGGUAUCAAAAAAGCUAUAGAAGUAGCAAGGAUUCUUGCAUUCAACGCAAAAGCUAACAACAAAAAUGUCGUGCAAUUGAAACUUCCGUUACCAGCUCCAGUUAACUUUACGCCGAAGAAAGGGAGAAGAUGAACAAAUCUUGAGGAACAAGUUAUGGUUUAUUAUAAUUACUAUUUAAAUGAGAAUAAGCCACGUUCUCAAAAUACAAACAUUAGUAAAUUAAACAAAUUUUGUUUUUUUUGUUACUUGGUGAAAAAAAUUCUUCUAAUAAUUUAAUUUUAUCUGACUCAUAACACACUACCUUCUCUGGAUGUUUUAAUCUCUAAGAACGAUACUAGAUAUGAGACUCAGGUGUAUAGAAAACCAACACACACCAGCAGAUAUUUAAAUUUCAAAUCAAAUCACAGUAUUGAUAUUAAAAAGAGGAAUCAUUAAAU